AUGAGGAAACAACGGUACACUGAGAUACUCUGGGUAUUCUUGGCCUUUUGUUUUUUAGUGUUACUUACCCCGCUCUUGCUGGUGCGACGUGGGGAGACCGCGCCGUCACCGAAAUCCAAAAGUGUAGCAGAUGAGGAAAAGAGUAAAGAAGAAUAUGGAACACUAGUACCGCUAAGUGAUAUCCCCCAAUCUGUGUAUUAUUCGUUCGACCCCCAUGUGAUGCCCCGCUCGUUCCUCCGUAGUCUGCAGAACAAAUCUCGGAGCAUUAAUAAGAACUGGGCCAAGUUUCGGUGGAACCGCUUUGAUGAUGAUGACAUCUCCGACUGCGACACGGUAACACCGGAGUGUUCUCUGCAUAAGUAUCUCCUUAAGCGUUUGGAUGGGGAGGAGGACCCGAACGAACGACCGUACCGAAAGUGCUGUGUGGAGCAUAAGGCCCUCCGUGAGACGGUUAUAUGGGUAGCGAGAAAGUUAAGGGCAGCAAACAUCACAUAUUUCCUAGCGAGUGGCACUGCACUUGGGGCGCGGCGUCACUCAGGCGUUAUUAUUCCUUGGGAUACAGAUGUGGACAUUGCCGUAUAUCCGACUGCCAAGAAUUCGGUAGAGGAGCUUUUCCGCGGCAACCCAGAGCACUUUUUUCGUAAGGACUGGCAUAACAAACCCAUGUUCUGGAUUUAUCAUUCCCCCAUUGGUGAGCCACCAUCGGGACCCCAUGUCGAGGUGUUUUACGAUCGGAUAUACACGCAGUUCCCACAUCUGUUGCUCCCACUUGAGGAAUGCUCCUUUUACAAUGAGCCCAUGAUAUGCCCCAACAUUAAGCAAUUUCAAGAGUGGAUGCCAAGUGGCUGGAAAACCUACAGUGGUGGACAUUACCAUGGUCCUGACAGAUGCGUCAUUCAUGAGAACGGUCUGCGGGUGACUAGGCGGCGGUGCUAA